UAUUCAAAUGUAUUUUCCAUUAGUUCAAGAAUAGUUUGUUGUAUAUUUUCUCAAGUAAUGUUGUAUGUUUAUUUUUGUAGAUUCCCAAGAUGGAGAAGACAUUUCAGAAGAAGUUGACUUUGGCGCAGUGAAGAGUGAAGCAGAGAUGUGGCCUUCUAUCAGCGGCACUGCCAAUGCAACAGAAGUGGGUGGACUGGAUGCACAUUCAAUCUCUCCAGUGGAAAAGUGCACUGAGCCAACUGUGGCUGGCAAAGAGACCAAGCUCUACAGCUGUGCCGACUGCAGCUAUGAAACAACACGGAUUGCUGCUUUGAAGAGCCACAUUAGAACACACACUGGGGAAACACCAUUUAGUUGUAACUUCUGUGACUACAAAUGUGCUACUUUAGGUAAUUUGAAGAGGCACAUAAGAACACACACUGGGGAAAAACCAUUCAGUUGCGAAUUUUGUGACUAUAAAUGUAGUCAGAAAAAAAACUUGAAAUUACAUCUCAGAACACAUACAUAUGAAAAACCAUUUAGUUGUAACUUUUGUGAUUACAAAUGUGCUGAUUCAGCCAAUUUGAAGAAACAUAUCAGAACACAUACUGGUGAAAAACCAUUUAGUUGCGAAUUUUGUGACUACAAAUGUGCUCAAUCAGGUGAUUUGAAGAGACAUAUCAGACUGAAACACACUGGGGAAAAAGCCUGUGAAGAAAUAAUUCUGAGAUAAAUGUUACUUGAUGUGCUAAUUCAUGUACUUAUAAGGCACAUUAUAUUAGAACGCACAGCACACCGUUGAAAAAUAAUUGUAUAAUAGUUCUAUUGACAUUGUUUUGUUUCGCAAUUGAGAUUUGUGUGAUUGGUGUCAGAUUCUCGUGCGCUUAAUCAUUUAUUGUAACUUAAUUGAGUAAAUUUCAAUUCAGUACAUUUUUCUGUACUGACGAGGAUGACAUGAAGGUUUAGCACUUAGCAGAUUGAAACAUCAAUUGCAAUUAAUGAGUGCAAUUUUAUGCAAGUUGAGUCUAUGUCUUUAUCCAUCUACUAGAUUUACUUUCCUCUCCUUAUAUUAACUUAUCCAGAAAUAUUAAUUUGCAGAAAUCAAAGCAACAAGUUGGUGAGU